AUGGAUACUCCAAAGCAAUACCUUCCACCACUGUUCAUAUUGAUCAUCUUCUUGACUACAACAUCAUCACAUGCCGGCCAUGAAAGCAACAUUCUGGUUACCAACGAUCCACCAUCAACAAAAUCUGUGUUUCCUACCGGGAAAAUAACUGUGGAAAUCACAAACGAUCUUGGUAAUCAGCUAACGUUAUUGUAUCACUGUAGAUCAAAAGACGAUGAUCUUGGCAACAGGACUUUGCAGCCAGGUGAGUCGUGGUCUUUUAGUUUUAAGCGUCAAUUCUUUGGAAGGACACUGUUUUAUUGUGAUUUUCGAUGGCCGAGGUUUCCAAAUAAAUUGUAUUGGUUUGAUAUAUAUAAAGACCAUCGAGAUAGUUCCGGUGAUAACUGGUGCGAGAAGUGUGUGUGGAAGAUAAGACAAACCGGACCUUGUAGGUUCAACGAUGAAACUAAGCACUUUGAUAUUUGUUAUUCUUGGAAUUCGUUUUUGUCUUGA